UUGGUGCUUGGCAGACUUCCUGCACCCGUCGUUCCAACAUUCUCCUACUUCUCGGAUCUCGUGCCAGACAUCUUUGUCAUUGCAAUUAUCACCUUUGCUAUCAACGCUGGACUGGUGAAGACCUAUGCCGCAGAAUUUGGCUACGACGUUCUCGUUAAUCAGUUUAAUGAUGUCAGGGCUACUCUUUUGGACGUUGCCAAGAGUGAGUUACUGGCUCUCGGAAUUAGCAACACCUUUGGCUCCUUUUUCCAAUGCCACACUGCGAGCGGGGCACUGAGUCGUACUGCCGUUGUCGUCACGAUUGGCAUGGCAUCUCAGGCGGUUUUGGGAUGCAUUGUCUGCGUCGCUCUGACCAGUACAUUUAAGAAGGUUCUCGACCUAAGGCGUCUUUGGAAGGUGUCAAAAACUGACGCGUCUUUCGCGUGGCUACCGGAGUCAGAAAUAGGGUGGUCUCGACGUUGGUUGGUGAGCGUUCUCCCAUCUCGCAAGGUGGGCAUAGAUGUGAGGCGCAUUUUCUACUUGGACGCUCAUGUGUGGCGCUGGAGCCGUGCUGCAGUUGGAGCUUCGUCUCUUAUGCUGGAGGCAACAUUUGGUGGUGUGAUUUAG